CAACUAAAAAUAUAAUAAAAAGAACGUCGCGUCGUCUCGGGAUCUAUUCCACAUCGUGCAAAAAGAUACCGUCGUGCCGACGCUUAUGCUUGCCUGUGAACGAACUAAAUCUUAAUUCCGUCUUUUUGGAUCGGGCCACUAUAUUCGUGUAUUAAUGUAAAUGGACCUCUUUCGCGUACGUGUGUACAAUUUUUUUUCUGUUUGUCUGUGAACGAACAUCAGUGAAACCCCCCGCGCCUAGCAGCAACAGCAACAGCAACGGCAAGAAGCGGCCGCAACAACAAAACAAAAAGUGAAAUUGCCUUUUGCGGAAACCAACAAAAAAAGAGAAGAAUUAAGUACAAGCGCACAGACACCCAAAAGCAAGUAAAGAUUGUUGUUAACGCAGCACCUGUGCGUGUGUGUGUGCGUGCGUAGGUGUGGUUGUGUGCGUAUGUUGUUGCGUUCCAACCCAAAAACUAACAAAAAAAAAACGUUCCAAUUGGAAUACCGCCUGCUAAAAAGAACAUCUGGCCCCCCCCCAAAAAAAAACAGGCGGCCAAGAACAUUUUAGCCGAAAAGACCAUUCCAACGGGGUCUAAUAACGUUUUUCGACAAAAAGCGAAACACAUCCGAGAGGCCGCCAAAGAAGAACGAAAAUAAAGCGGCUACCAAAAUGGGCGAUUUCGAUCUGAAUGUGGAUAGUCUCAUCCAGAGGCUGCUGGAAAUGCGCAGCUGUCGUACCGGCAAACAGGUGCAGAUGACCGAGGCGGAGGUGCGCGGCCUGUGUCUGAAGUCGCGCGAGAUAUUCUUGCAACAGCCCAUACUGCUGGAGCUGGAGGCGCCGCUGAUCAUCUGCGGCGACAUCCAUGGCCAGUACACAGACCUGUUGAGGCUGUUCGAGUACGGCGGCUUCCCGCCGGCCGCCAAUUAUCUGUUCCUCGGCGACUAUGUGGAUCGGGGCAAGCAGUCGCUGGAGACCAUCUGUCUGCUGUUGGCCUACAAGAUCAAAUAUCCGGAGAAUUUCUUCUUGCUGCGCGGCAAUCAUGAGUGUGCCAGUAUUAACAGAAUUUACGGCUUCUACGACGAGUGCAAGCGCCGGUACAAUGUAAAACUCUGGAAGACCUUCACAGACUGCUUCAACUGUUUGCCGGUGGCCGCCAUCAUCGAUGAGAAGAUAUUCUGCUGCCACGGCGGCCUCAGUCCCGAUCUGCAGGGCAUGGAGCAAAUCCGCCGCCUGAUGCGGCCCACAGAUGUGCCCGACACCGGGCUGCUGUGCGAUCUACUGUGGAGUGAUCCCGACAAGGAUGUCCAGGGCUGGGGCGAGAACGAUCGUGGCGUGAGCUUUACAUUCGGUGUGGAUGUGGUUUCCAAGUUCUUGAAUCGGCACGAGCUCGACUUGAUUUGUCGUGCGCAUCAGGUCGUGGAGGAUGGAUACGAGUUCUUUGCACGUCGCCAGCUGGUCACACUAUUCUCGGCGCCCAACUAUUGCGGCGAAUUCGAUAAUGCUGGCGGCAUGAUGACCGUGGACGAUACGCUCAUGUGCUCAUUCCAGAUAUUGAAACCAUCCGAGAAGAAGGCAAAGUAUUUGUACAGUGGAAUGAACUCGUCGCGACCCACUACACCGCAGCGAAGCGCCCCAAUGCUGGCGACCAAUAAGAAGAAAUAAUAUAUCCAUCCGCUUCCAUUUCCUUAAAGGUUCAACAACAACAACAACAAAAACAACAAAUACAAAGAAAACAAAACACUUUUAUACAUAUACUAUACAUACAUAUAUAUAUAUAUACUAUAUUCAAGAUCGAAAAUGGCCGAGGCGAGGCGAAAGAGGAGACCAACAGAGUCGAAAGAGGACAAAGAAAAUAUUGUUAACAUCUCUCUAUGUGCAUAUGGAUAAACGUAUAUGUUAUAUACUGUAUUUGUAUUGUAUCUAUCGCUAUAUAUAUAUAUAUAUGUGUAUUUUCAUGUGUGAAAAACAAAACUAAUUAAGUUGAUUCCUGCAUUUCAAAAUUCUUUGUUGAAUGGAAAUUGUUACAGCCUCCAUACGCCCCUCUCCCCCCCCCCCCCCCCACGAAAGUAAAUCCCGAAAAUUCAGAUUAAAAUAUAAAUUAAAAAGUACAGCGACGUUAAGCAAUGAAUUUAUAUAUAGGCAUAUUAAUGUAAACUACAUAUAUACGGUAUACUUCUAUAUAUACCACACACUUAACUACAAAACAAACGAACGCGAAUGCGAAAUCGAAAGCGAAACUACAGCAGAAUUGUAUGUUAAAUUCUAUUCCCCCCCUCCCCCCCAACCAAGGCUAGCUUCAAUUUGUGCCCCCCUUUCCCGUGUGCAUUAAAAAUUUGUCUAACAAAAGAAAAAGGAAAAAAAAAAAAAAAAAGAGUUACAAACAAAAAUACAAACUACGAAAAUAAAAGGAAGGAUUGUCUACCACUUAAGCUUUAAACAGUUGCACUCUGUGUGCCAGUGUGCGUGUGUGUGCGUGUCUGUGUGUAUUUAAUUUAUUGUUUACCUAGGAAUACGAAUAGAUGAUGUUCAAUUGUGUUUUUUUUUUUUUCUUUACUUGUUUUGUCGUUGUUUGUCAUUAUUUAAUUAAUUUAUUGCCCAAACUAUACCGAUAAACGAAGGAGAAGCAACUAAACCUUAAACAGAGAUAAUUCAAUAUUAUAAUUAUAUGUAUACAUAUGUUUUGCGUUGUACUAGGCUUAAGUGACGCGAAAACUGUUAACUGCUAACCGGUUAAUGGGCAUUUAAGGACACUCGACUCGAGGCUUGUUUUCCCCAUGAAUCCAUGAAUCCAUGAAUACAAUACCUAGCGAAAAUCCAACCUAACUUUAAAUUUAACUUUAACCUUAGCUUCCCACACUAAAAAAAUACAAAACAAAAAAAAAAAAACAAAAGUUGAAAGAAAAAACUACAAAAAAAAGGAGGAGAACAAAUGAAAACGAAUUUUGAAAGCAUUGAAAAGCAUUACUUCGAAGUACUUGAAACACCAAUUUUUUGUGCAUCUUUUAUUUAUAUGAUAAAAUUCGAAGAACUAGCAGAUAUAUAGCAGAUCGAAGGUGUAUAUGUACAUGUGUAUAUAUAUAUUUAAAAUAUAUAUAUGUACAUAUAUAGGAGGGGAACGAAAGAUAAAACUAAUUUUUUCAUCGUCGUAACUUAUUAGAUUGUAGUGCCUUUUUUGCCUCCCAAAACAACAACAACAAACCAAUAACAAAAAUGUAAA